AUGCAGCUCACUCAGCUCCUCCUCGCUACCGGCCUCUUUGCCUCCUCAGCCUUCGCUGCCCCCGCCAACACCUCUGCCAAGUCCAUGAUGGCUGACAGCCCCCAGUGGACUCUCCAGAACACCAAGCGUGUCUGCGACACCGCAGACACCUCCUGCACCUGGACUUUUAGCAUCUACCCCGGCGCCGGUGAUGCCACUCCCUGCACCUACAUCGUGGAGGGUACCCCUGCCUCCGAGGCCAACGGUGGCCCUGCCACCUGCGGCGGAUACACCGUCACCUCCGGCUGGAGCGGCCAGUUCGGCGAGGGGAAUGGCUUCACUACUCUUUCCAUUGUCAAUGAGGCUCGCCAGAUUAUCUGGCCUGCCUAUACCGACAAGCAGCUUGCUGGCGGUGUGGUUGUCAAGCCUGAUCAGAGCUACGCCCCUGCUGCUCUCCCUUGA